AUGGAGUUAACUACAGUAUGUAGUGUUCUUGGAGUAGCAUCAAUCUUUAUGUUCUUUGUAUGGAGACUUUCAAAUUGGUUGUGGUUUGAACCGAAGAAGAAAGAAACGCUUCUUAGAGACCAAGGCUUCAACGGCAGUUCUUACAAAUUCAUGUACGGGGACUUAAAAGAUUUGGUGCACAUGACAAGUGAAGCCAAAUUGAAACCGAUGAGUCUAACUCAUGAUAUCACUCCUCGUGUCUCACCAUUCAUCUAUAAAUCCAUUAGUACUUACGGUAAGAAUAUUUUUAUAUGGAUGGGGCCAACACCAAUGGUACAAAUAUAUGAGCCAUCAAUGAUAAGAGAGAUCCUCUCCGAUUAUUAUCAAUUUCAAAAGCCGAGAGGAGGAAAUCCAUUAACAAAGUUGCUAGUCACGGGAUUAGUUGACGUUAAUGCUGAUCAAUGGGUUAAACACAGAAAAAUAAUCAAUCCUGCCUUCCAUGUCGAGAAACUAAAGUAUAUGGUACCUGCAUUUUAUGUGAGUUGUUGUGAGAUGAUAAACAACAACUUUAAGGAAGGAAGAAAGAUAUUUGAACUACAAAGAGAACAAGCAAAGCUAGUUAUGAAGGCUGCACGAUCAUUUUACAUUCCAGGAUUAAAAUAUUUUCCAACUAAAAGAAACAAUAGCAUGAAAGAGAUUGACCGGGAGGUGAAGACAACAAUAAAGCGCAUUAUCGAUAAACGAGUUAUUGCAAUGAAAGCCGGAGAAUCUAGUCAAGAAACCACUGCAAACAUGCUUGUAUGGACUAUGAUUUUAUUGGGACAACAUACGGAUUGGCAGACACGUGCCAGAGAUGAAGUCCUACAUCUAUUUGGAAAAAGAAAACCGGAUGUUGAUGGGUUAAAUCAUCUAAAAAUUAUUAACAUGAUAUUUUGUGAGGUACUUAGACUAUAUCCUCCGGCUACAAUAAUAAGACGACUUAUAUAUAAAGAAACGAAAUUAGGAAACAUAACGUUACCAGCACAUACACUAGUUGAAAUAAACCCAUUGUUUUUACACCACGAUAAUGACAUAUGGGGUGAUGAUGCAAAUGAUUUUAAGCCAGAGCGAUUUUCAGAAGGUGUGUCAAAAGUGAACAAGGGACAAGCAUCAUAUCUUCCAUUCGGAGGUGGACCACGUAUUUGUAUUGGACAAAAUUUUGCUAUGUUAGAAGCAAAAAUGGCGCUUGUAAUGGUGCUACAAUGCUUCUCUUUUGAGCUCUCUCCAUCAUACUCGCAUGCUCCAUACACUAUAAUCACUCUACAACCUCAAUUUGGGGCUCACUUGAUUCUACACAAAAUUUAG